GGCGUGGUCACCGUGUGUGUGUGCUCUGUCUGGUGUCGUGUUCACGAGGGAGGUUUUCACGCACACACUCUGGGAGGAGGGGAUCUACUUGAUCUGUCAACACUCCAGCGUUUCUUGCUAAUAGUUUCUCUAUCCCCAUAGGUCUGAACAUGUUCUACACCUGCGGUCCCAACGAGGCCAUGGUGGUCUCAGGAUGUUGCCGAUCUCCUCCGCUUAUGGUCGCAGGUGGACGAGUGUUCGUCAUCCCCUGCAUUCAGCAGAUUCAGAGGAUAUCGUUAAAUACGCUGACUCUUAAUGUGAAGAGUGAUAAGGUCUACACCAGGCAUGGAGUCCCCAUCUCAGUGACUGGCAUUGCACAGGUCAAAAUCCAGGGCCAGAAUAAAGAGAUGUUGGCUGCAGCCUGCCAGAUGUUCCUGGGGAAAUCGGAGAUUGAGAUUACCCAUAUCGCCCUGGAGACACUGGAAGGCCAUCAGAGAGCCAUUAUUGCUCACCUGACCGUGGAGGAGAUCUAUCAGGAUCGUAAGAAGUUUUCAGAGCAAGUGUUCAAGGUGGCUUCUUCUGAUUUGGUCAACAUGGGCAUUGGUGUGGUCAGCUACACGCUUAAAGACGUUCAUGAUGACCAGGACUACCUGAACUCUCUGGGUAAAGCUCGCACAGCCCAGGUGCAAAAAGACGCCCGCAUUGGAGAGGCUCAAUACAAGAGAGACGCAGUGAUCCGGGAAGCCCAUGCCAUGCAGGAGAAGAUUUCUGCGCAGUACAAGAACGAGAUCGAGAUGGCAAAGUCUCAGAGAGACUACGAGCUGAAAAAGGCUGUUUAUGAUAUGGAGGUGAACACUAAGAAAGCAGAGUCGGAGAUGGCCUAUCAGCUUCAGGUAGCCAAAACGAAGCAGAGGAUCGAGGAGGAGAAGAUGCAGGUGCAGGUGGUGGAGCGCAGUCAGCAGAUCACUCUCCAGGAGCAGGAGAUCACCCGCAAGGAGAAGGAGCUGGAGGCCAAAGUCAAGAAGCCAGCCGAGGCGGAGAAAUACAAGCUGGAGAGACUCGCCGAGGCCGAAAGGUUGCAGCUGAUCAUGGAGGCUGAAGCUGAGGCUGAAUCUAUUAGAAUGAGAGGUGAGGCAGAGGCGUUCGCCAUGGAGGCUAAGGGCCGCGCUGAGGCCGAGCAGAUGGCCAAGAAGGCUGACGCUUUCAAGCAAUACAAGGAGGGAGCCAUGGUGGAUAUGCUGCUGGAGAAACUGCCUCUGAUGGCAGAAGAGAUCAGCAAGCCGCUCUCGGCAGCUCAUAAGAUCACCAUGGUGUCCAGUGGAGGAUCAGAGGUCGGAGCAUCCAAGCUGACAGGAGAGGUCCUGGACAUCAUGGUCCGCCUGCCUCAGACUGUGGAGAAGCUGACUGGAGUAAACAUCUCUCAGGUUUCCUCCACCCGCAUGGGUUAAACAAGAUCCCUGGAGAUGUGAAGAAGAAGCUGUUCACUAAUAGAUGUUGUAAUCACCCUCCCCCCCGUUUCUAUGUACAUGUGCACGGUUUAAAAGUUUGCAGCUGUCCAAGUUGUAUGACGGCGUGUUAUAAAAAUGUUUUUGUUCA